UCACAUUUGUGGUUUUCUCAGAAAGCAACCUCCUUUUGUGCUUCACUUGACAUUUGCCUUCACUUUUGAUUGCAGCGCAACAGUGAUGGCGGGCACGAUUUCUUUGCCACUUCAACAGUUUAUUGCUUCAUUGGACAACUCUUGUUUGCCAAAAAUUCUACAAGUUUGCUGUGGAGUGUAUUUCCAAGGGUCUAUAUAUGAAAUCUCUGGGAGUGAAGUGUGCUUUUCCACUGGGGAUCUAAUAAAGGUCAUUGACAUCGAGCUCCUAUCAGUUUGCUGUGAAGACAUCGACAACAAUGAGACGUUUGAGCUGCCUGUCAACUACAAAGGGUUGUUCCAGGUUGUUCCGGAUGAGAUGCCAUACGGUACACUGGAGGAGAUGCUGAGCCUGAGGCCUGUGGGCCUGGAAUCCUGCCUUCCCUUCACUUUCACCAGCCGCUCCAAGAUUACCGUGGGCAAUUUCACGCUGGGGGCCGAUAGAGCUUUGACGGUGCUCUCCAUUGAGCGGCAUGAGGGCGAGGAGGAUCAGGUGCGCUGCCACGUUCGAGGACAACAGGAACCCUCUGCGGAAUUUCGUAUCCCCGUUUCUCUUCAAGGGGAGUUCAGGGAAUGUGAAAGCGAGGAGCGCUUCACUCUGCUCGAGAUCAUGUCCUCGCUGUGCCUGCGCAGUCGAAAGUUUCGCUUCGUGAACACCACCAAGUGUGAACGAACCCUUGUCCUCAUCCCAGUGUACCAGGUCCACGCCAUCAUGAACAUGAGGAAAAGCAUCUUGAAGUUCCCCUCCAGCUUAGAGGUGGAUGUGGUCGAUGUCACAGAGAUGUGCAGUGAUGUGAAUUUUGUGACCCCGCUCAGUCUGACGGAGGUUCUUUCCCAGCCGGAGAAAUCUUUCCCUGCAGUAGCAGAGAUAUUGGAGGGCCCAGAAACCUGCUCUCUGUUCAGGUGCAGCUGGCUGCCAGAACUGAGCAAGAACAGCCACCUGAUUUUCCACAAGAUAGGAACCUCUGCCAUGGUUUUAUUAUCCAGCUUGAAGAGCCGAAAGACGCAGCAGUACUUCCUGGUAUCCCAGCAGUAUGGUGGACGAUUUCGGAGGCGGCCAAGAGAGUUUAAUUCGGUGUACGAGCUGUAUGUCGCUUUCAUGCAGGCACCGGGUCUGAAGGUGAGUGUAACAAGGAGCUGUGAGGAAGAUGAGGAGGAAGGCCUGCCUGCCCUCAGUGUGGGCGAACAGCUGGAGGUUGUUCGCUCCGAAACGAUGGAGUUGCCUUGUGAAAGCAGCCUGGGACAGAAGCAGGUCGUCGAGGCUCUUUUGUGUCAGCGUCUCCAAGAGCCAGAUGACGAUGAUGAUGAUGAUGAUGAUGAUGAAGCGGAGGUCAAGCAGAAGGAUGAGAGAGAGGAGAUUUGUCUGCCUCUGUACAUGCAGGGUCACUUUGUGGAAGUGGUAGCUGAUAACAAGAAGUACAGACUCAGGGACUUGGGUAAGGAGUUUAGUUUGCCGCUGGAUGUGAAAGUAGUGAGCCGGGACACCGAGCUUGAGACUGAUCCCCUGGUUGGGUUUGCGUGUCUCAGAAUAGAGGGGGCCAUGUUAGAGCCUACCAUCCAGGCAAGCUUUCUGCACAGGCCAGACCACUGUUUCGAGAUCCCAACCCAGUGGCUCUCUAUGUCCGUCUCUUUUACCCAGGAAGCCCUGCCGUGGCCCAGCGGUCAACCACCUAAGUGUCAUGUGGAUCGGGUUACCGAGGUGACAGACCUGUUCUUUUAUGAAUAUCGCAGACAGGGAAAUUCAGAUGCAGCUCCUCCACCUCGACCACCAAAGCGAAAUCUGUCAUCUUCGAAGUCUUCCGUAAGAUCACCAAAGAAAACAUCCAAGGCAGCCAAGUCCAAGCACGGAGAAAGCGUCCCAACCAAGGAGUUAGCCGAUUUGACUUUAAAUAGCAAAAGAAGGCCCCCAGCUCCACCACCUCCAGCUAUUUUGAAUGAUCAACCUCCACCAGUUAUACCCCGAAAGCACACGGCGGGCAACAUGAAAACAGGCAAGGCUCUGCCAAACACUUAUGUGGAGAGGGAGGAGUCGGUGACAAAAGUGAAGCUGUGUGAGUUUGGAGAAAAUGUGGACAGCGACCAUGACUAUGAAACUUUUGAUGAAACGUUCGCAGUCAUAGUGAAGAAAGCACAAGAAGAUAUCAUGUUUUACUAAAGUUUUGUGCAGCAGAGGAUCACAUAUGGCCGAAAUUAAGAAUGACAAAGGAGAAUUUCUUAUUGCAGUUUUGAAGCUCCUUAUAUUGUGAGACUUUACAGUCGGACCAAGCAACCUGUCCAUAAAAUCCAAAAUAUUGUUAAGACUCAUUGUGAUUUAAUUUAAUUCAGAAAUUAAUCGGUUUAACUUAAGGAUUGAUAUUUCAGUUAAAUAUAUAAUUAUUCAGCUUUAAUAUCCUGACAGUGUACUGUGUCUGUUAGGACCCACGAGAUAAUUUACACCUGCAGAGAUUUUUGUGAUUAUUAACAAUGAGUAGACACUUUAUUUAGCAAAUGUUUUGCGUACAGGAAUAUAUACCGUUGAAAUUCUUGACUGUUACUGUGUCACAAACUGAUUGAACAAAUACUACCAUUUGUGGUAUUUAUUGUUGUAGUACUUGUUAAAAUGUGAGUAAGUACAUUUGUUCAAACUUGUCAACAUAUCUAGCCGUAUGUCUUUUUUUUAUGUUUGCAUAAAAUACCAUUAUACUGUGCAAUUCUUAGUUGUUUUUGUAUAUAGUCCAUCUUGGAGAAUCAGCAACACCUUCCAGUAUAAUAGUCAAAUCACAACACCACAAACAGCCUUACAAUAAUGCAUAUUUAUAAGCUUCGCAGAGGUAUUACAUACAGGCAUUUAAUGCAUAUGGAAAUCUCCUAGUAUCAACGUAUACAUACAAACUCUAAACAGAAAAGGCUCAAAGCAGUCUGGGAGGCAUGAGUGUUAAUUUAAUGUGCAGCUUCUCACAUGCAUGGACAUGUAAUGGUGAUACAAUAGCAGAAGCUCUUCCAGUUAUAACAGCAAACAAAUGAUCUGAGAAUACAAAAAGGUGCCACACAUAGUAUCAAAUCCUAUUUUUACUUAUUUAUGUCAUUGAAAUUAUGGUUUUGAGUCACUGCCAAAGAAAUAUAAAAAGGGCAAAAUAUUAAUUUGGUGUACUUCCAUUUUAUUUCAGUUAAAUACUGUAGAUUCAUUUGUGUCGUUUUAUUUUGUAGUCAAGACAUGUAACAUUUUUAAUAAAGUGACCUCAGAAUCA